UGUUGUCGCUGCGGCAAUCGUUGCUGCGAUCGCGAGUGAAUGUUAUAAACAUUAAGUCACAUUACAGACUACUAGCGUUCGGAACAAGCGCUAGCUAACGGAUAAUAUGGUGCUGCUGCUGCUGUCAAGUGGUGAUAGUUUACAAGCGCGGCAUCGGGGCCGAGGAGAUGCUCAAAUCGCGAGGAACGAGAGCUGAUGAUCUGUCCUCCUUUUCUCGCCUAUUAUAUAUAUCACACUAUACGAUGCACCAGGAGUAAACGAUCAAUUAGCUACUCUGCGGUUGGAGGACCGGUGGGAGCAAUCGUGUAUAUAAUCCACUCGGAUAGAUAAUAAUAAUAAUGCACCCACGUCCGAGCACGUAAAAAAUACAAAACACGGGCCAACGCGGUAGUUUUUUUUUUUUUUUUUUUUUAAUUUAAUUUAAUUUAUUGUUUCUACUGCCGUUGUAAGUAAUUUUCGGAGCACGGCCGCGGAGAGGAGAACUUUGUUCGCUCGGAACGGAGUAGAAAUCAGCUGCCAAGUACGGGAGAGAGCUGCUGCUGCAGGCGAGAGAGAGACGGAGAUGGCCGACGAUUCCAGCGUGCGCGUCGCAGUGCGGAUCCGUCCGCAAGUGGCUCGCGAGGUGAUCGACAUGUGCCGGAUAUGCACCCAAGUGCCGGCCGGCGAGCCGCAAGUCUUCCUCGGGCCGGACAAGGCCUUCACGUACGACUACGUGUUCGACACGAGCUCGGACCAGAGCAGCAUCUACGAGACCUGCGUGGCUCGGCUGGUCGACGGCGCCCUCGACGGCUACAACGCCACCGUACUCGCCUACGGGCAAACCGGCUCCGGGAAGACCUACACCAUGGGCACGGGCUUCGACGUCGAGAUCGACGACAACGUCGUCGGCAUCAUUCCCCGGGCCAUCAAGCACCUCUUCGACGGCAUCGCCGACAAACAGGCUCGUGCACGCGAGCGCGCACAGAUGCCACCCGAGUUUAAGGUGACGGCGCAGUUCCUCGAGCUGUACAACGAGGACUUGAAGGAUCUCCUGGAGCCGGGCGGUCCUAGGGGUGGUGCUCGAAUCCACGAGGACACGGCCGGUAAUAUCCACCUGGCCGGGGUCGAGUCGCAGCUGGUGACCGGUCCGCAGGAGGCACUGGAGUACCUGCGUCUGGGUGCCCUGUCCCGUACGACGGGCUCGACGCAAAUGAACACCCAGUCGUCGCGCUCCCACGCCAUAUUCACCCUGUACGUGAAGCAACAGCGAUGCGUCAGGGUCGAGGAUCCGGACGCGGACGUCGACACCUCGAAUUCCAUGGAGACCGCCAACGAGUUCGAGACCCUCACCGCCAAGUUUCACUUUGUCGAUCUGGCCGGCUCCGAGAGGCUCAAGAGGACCGGGGCUACCGGCGAUCGCGCCAAGGAGGGCAUAUCCAUCAACUGCGGACUGCUGGCACUGGGCAACGUGAUAUCAGCCCUGGGUGACAAGACGAAAAAGGCGUUGCACGUGCCGUACCGCGAUUCGAAGCUCACGAGGCUACUACAGGACUCGUUGGGCGGCAACAGCCAGACCGUCAUGAUUGCCUGCGUUUCGCCGAGCGAUCGCGAUUUCAUGGAGACCCUCAGUACCCUCAAGUACGCCAAUCGAGCCCGCAACAUUAAGAACAAGGUCACCAUCAACCAGGACAAGAGCUCGAGGACCAUCGCUUCGCUGAGACGCGAGAUACAACAGCUGCAGAUCGAGUUGCUCGAGUACCGCCAAGGCAAGCGCGUGGUCGGCGAGGAUGGCAUGAAUGACGCGUGGCACGAGAACCAGAUGCUGAGCCACGAGUUGCAGAGCCUGCGAACCCGAGUGAAGGCGCUCUCGGAGACGGUGGACGCCUUGACGGCGAAAAAUUCACUGCUGCUCGCGGAAAAGGCGGCGGGCCAGUGGCUCUCGUCUGGCGCGGCGGCUGCCGGUGGCGACGUUACCGGCCUCGUUCAAGGAUACCUCCAGGAGAUCGAGGAGCUCAGAGCGAGGCUGCUCGAGGCUGAGGCGCUCUACCAACAGCUCAAAAAGCGACAGAUGCACCAAUCGUUUGGACUAGAUAGUCAACCCGAAAAUUUACAGAUGAACGCAGCAAGCAACCCAUACGCCACAGAUGUGUCGCAUAAUAACGACUCUUCCUCGCUACUAUUGGAUGCCAAGAAGGAGUUGCAAAAGGAAAAAGCUCUUCUGGCCAGCCUUAAAAAUCAGCAAGCGCAAAAUUCCAACAUGACCGGCAAAGACACCGAGGAUGCGGAUAUGGAGGAUGCCGAGAACGGCCAGGAGUCGAUGAGCGAGGACGAGUCCGACGAUGACUCGGAUCGCAAAGAAGAGGACGAAGAGGAGGAGGCAAUGAAUCGCGAGCUAGAGAAUCUCACGUCCAACAUCGACGUGAAACAGAGGCUCAUUCAGGAACUCGAGCUAUCGCAGAGGCGACUUCAGACCAUGAAGCAGCACUACGAGGACAAACUGGCCCAGCUGCAGCUCCGCAUUCGGGACACGCAGGAGGAGAGGGACAAGGUGCUGUCCUCGCUACAGAAUCAGCCGUCCGCUCCCACGGAGAAGGCCAAGAAGCUACGCGACGAGUACGAGAAGAAGCUCUCGGCCAUGCAGAAGGAGGUCAAAAUGCUGCAAUCAGCGAAGAAGGAGCACGCGAGGCUGCUCAAGAGCCAGACCCAGAACGAGAACAGACUACGGGGUCUACGAAACGAGCUGGCCGAGAUGAAGCGGGCCAAGGUCAAGUUGCUGAACAAAAUGCGCGAGGAGGCCCAACGCCACAAGGAGAACGAGCUCAAACGCAACCGAGAGAUUGCCCAGUUGCGCAAGGAGAGCCGUAAGAACGCAAAUAUGAUUCGGACCCUCGAGGCGGACAAGCGAAUGAAGGAGGUGGUGCUGCGACGGAAGCAGGAGGAAGUCACUGCGCUCAGAAAACGAGACCGCGGGCUUAGUUUGAAGGUUGCGGGCAGGACUGCAGUCUCAAAAGUCGUCAAUCCGAAGGCUCUAAAGCAGCGCUGGCAGACUUUCGAGCGGACAAUCACGAAGCAGGCACUGGCCAAGCAGGCAGCCACCGAGACCGAGCGUGAAAUGGAACGACUGCUCCAGGAGAGGGAAGAGCUGGGAAGAGACCUGGAGAGGCUAAAGAAGCACAGGGCAGCCGUCGGCUCGGCGAAGGGUGACACAAGCGAUCUCGACGAAGAGAUCGAUAAUGUCACCAGCAAAAUUAGCUACCUGCAGGACAGUAUCUCCGAGUGCCAAAGAGCGAUGGUGGAGAUGGGAGACGCCGAGGCCGAGAACGAGAGCGAGACGGGUGCUGAGGCCCUUUUGGGUACGAUUAGAUCGGUAGAAGAGGCUCAGUACAUGAUGCAACGAAUGCUAGACUUUACGAUCGAGCAGAGUUACAUAGCGGCCCAGAAACAACUCGAGGCUCGCGAUAUGGAGAGCCGACUGAAACAAGUCGCCCAAGAAAGCGACGUGCAGCACCAGCUACUUGAACACGUGUUGCGCGACAGGGAUCUAUUGUCCCUCACCAAUAGCAAUAAUACCAAUAAUUCGAUAGCGGCCUACAGUCCACCGAGUUCGCGUAGUUCAUCUCCUGACAAUAGCGAAAGUCUCACGCAAAGCCUAACGACGAGCCUAACGCAGAGCUUGGGUGGAGAUGAUAAGCCACGAAGUAUUAAGGUUCGACGGCGGACCACGCAGCCCCAGGAGCUGCUCUACGGCAUAUCAACAAACUCCGAGAAUCAAAAGAACGAGGAUCAAAAUCAAAACCAGCACCAAAAUCACAACCAUUCACUGACGAGGGUUCCCAGCGCACCAGGCAGCCUAAAGGAGCAGGUAGCCUUGAUGGACACCUCGUCGCCGCCGGGCUCGCCCACGACGUAUCGCCGCUUCAACAGUCGCGAGGAGAACGUCUUUUCAAGGCUGACCGCCACCAGACAGACCAUGCACGUCGAGCAUUUACCAACCAAGGGCGUCAUUUCCAAUUACCAGGGAAAGAGCGUUCCCAGGGCUAUAUUGCAGUGCACGCACGUAGCCGAAGGCCACAGCAAAGCCGUCCUGUCGAUUUGCGCAACCAACGAUUUACUCUUCAGCGGCUCGAAAGAUCGAACGGUUAAAGUGUGGGACCUGGGAACUGGCAUCGAGAGCACAUCGCUGAGUGGUCACCCAAAUAACGUCGUCGUCGUCAAGUACUCGACAGCUCAUCGGCUACUGUUCAGCGUCUCAGCGGCUUAUGUAAAAGUUUGGGACCUGCGUAGUGGCAAUAGCUGUAUUAAAACUCUGUUUUCGUCGGGCCAAGCCCAGAGCGGGCCCUUGAACCUCGCGACACCCUCGCGCACACUCCAGAUGCCCGUGGGCGAGACGACGAUCAAUGACCUCGCCCUAGGUCUCGACGACCACGAGCUCUACACGGCGUCGAGUGACAAGGUACGGAUCUGGGACCUCAGGAAACUGGCCUACAUUGGCAAACUCAGCACGCCUCACGCUGCCGCUGUCAUGUGCCUGAGCGUUUCGGAUGACGGGAGAGUCAUCACUGGGUCGAAAGAUCACCUGGUGAGCUUGGUAGAGCCAAACAUAUCUGGCCAGUCGCUGAGCUUAUCGCCGCCGCAUUACGAUGGGGUACAGUGCCUGGCGACCCGCGGAAGCACGCUGUUUUCCGGCUCGAGGGACAUGUGCAUCAAGAGGUGGGACUUGAGUCGAAUGGAGCUGGUUCAGUCGCUCAAUAAUGCACACAAAGACUGGAUCCUGGGAUUGUGCCUUAUCAACGGUGGAUCAGUCAUGGUAUCGGGUUGCCGAGGUGGUUUCUUGAGGGCAUGGUCCGUGCCCACUUUUGGUGACAAUGCGAGUGAGUUCCUUGGUGAGGUACGCGCUCACACCUCUGCUAUAAAUGCCACCGUCGCCAACGAUCAGCACAUCUUCACAGCCAGCAACUCUGGUGAAGUAAAGCUGUGGCGAAGUAAAGCUGAUUCUUCUUUGACCACGUCCACAGUUUCCUUAUAACUUGAUCCGCUUAUCCUUUGGUUGGUUUCUAUUUGGUUAUUUCUGUUGAGUGUCUAUCUUUUCUAUCAAGUAGUUUAAUUAAGGUACUGGGAUAUACAUGUAGGUAAUCUAGUCAUUAAUUCUCUUUUUAACAUUUCAUUGGUACUUACUAAGAUUAAAUCAAUUAUUCUAAUAAAAAUAUACGUUUUAAUAAUUAUUUGUCGGAAACAAGAGUUAAAAAAUUUUCCAUUUAAUUGUACAUGUGCUUAAUAUUUUGCUAAUGAAAAGUACAAAGAAGAAAAAGAAAAAUUAGAGUAGAGAAUAACGAUUUUUAUCAAGAUUAAAAAUCGUUUUCAGCCUUAAUUAAUUUUUAAAAGAGUACACCUGUAGAGAUACUGUUUCUGUGUAUUUUUAAAGUUCCUUGUUUUAAGUAUGUAACAAAAUAAGCCAUCUACUAAGCCUGUAUAAUAGCCACUUCAAAACAAGACGAGAUGAUCUCGACUCGACUCGAUAUCGUCUCAAGGUCUCGAAAAAAAAAAUCUGCGUGACCCUCGGAUAAAUUUUUGGAGACCUCGAAACGAAAGCGAGACGAGACGAGACUUUGAAAAAUUUUACGAGCUUAAAACCAAAAUAUUUCGAGACGAGACGAGAAAUCUCGUAGCAUUUCUUAGUGCAUAUCCCAUCCAUCGAUCUCAUCAUUCACAAUCUCAUCAUAAUCAUCCCUAUCAAUAUAUUAGACUGUUAUUCAUAACAAAUGUGUUUUGCAGGUUCUGUUUCUUAUAUAAAUAUUUACUUCCACUGACACUACUAGUAUAUACUACCGUUCUAACAAGCACAGGUAUAUUAUUAUGCACAUGCUUGUUAACUCUUAGAACAACUCGUCACUCGUCUCAGUGCCAAGACAUGUUUGCUACCUGUCCUAAACUAAAAUAAAAAAUUCUCUUUGAAAA